CGUGGGGCCAGGGCUGGCGCUGCUGCUGGCGCUGCUCCCGCCGCUGCCGCCGCCACCGGCCGCCCCUGGGCCGCGCGUGCGGGCGGCUCCGUGCGGGGGGAUUUGAAACAGCCGCUCCGGGGGCAGCGCAGCGGCGGCGGCCAAUCAGCGGCCCGGAUUUUUCGCGCUGGUUCUGGCCGGAGGAGGGGGCGGGGCCGCCGCGCAGGAUCGCCCGAGCCGCCGCCGCCGCUGCCGCCGUUGCCGUGUCGCUUCAGCUCCCGCCGCCGCUCCCCAGCACCGAGCUACCGCCGCCGCCUCCGCCCGGCUCUCAGGGGAGAAGGAUGCGCUAGGGCACAGCAGUGUAAGACUGGAAACAUCUGGGCUGAAUGGACUUUAGCAUCAAAAGAAGUUCUCAACUGUUAACUCGAAAAAUUAACUACAUCAAAAUGAAGCAGGUGCCAGAGAUCCUUGGAAAUACCAAUGGGAAAACUCAGAAUUGUGAAGUGAAUCGCGAGUGUUCUGUCUACUUGGGCAAAGCACAACUUUCUGCCACUCUACAAGAAGGUGUCAUGCAAAAAUAUAAUGGCCAUGAGGCUCUUCCAUUUAUUCCAGCUGAUAAAUUGAAAGAUCUAACCUCUCGUGUGUUUAAUGGCGAGUCUGGGGCCCAAGAUGCCAAGCUGCGCUUUGAACCCCAGGAAAUAAAGGGAGUUGGAACACCACCCAACACUACUCCUAUCAAGAAUGGCUCUCCAGAAAUUAAGCUGAAAAUCACUAAAACCUACAUGAAUGGAAAACCUCUUUUUGAAUCUUCCAUUUGUGGAGACAAUGGUGCAGAUGUGUCUCAGUCAGAGGAAAAUGAACAAAAGCCAGCAAACAAGGAGAGGAGAAACAGAAAAAGAAGCAUAAAAUAUGACUCCUUACUUGAGCAAGGUCUUGUUGAAGCAGCAUUAGUAUCAAAGACUUCAAGCCCCACUGAAAAGAAGGCUCCUGCUAAGAGAGAUCCAACUCAAAGUACCGUCAAAGAAGACAAAGUCCAUCUGUUGAAGUAUAAUAUAGGAGAUCUAGUGUGGUCAAAAGUGUCUGGUUUUCCAUGGUGGCCGUGUAUGGUUUCUGCUGAUCCUGUUCUCCAUUCCUACACUAAACUAAAAGGACAGAAAAAGAGUUUUCGUCAGUAUCAUGUUCAGUUUUUUGGAGAUGCCCCAGAGCGAGCCUGGAUAUUUGAGAAGAGCCUUGUGCCCUUCAAAGAAAAAGACCAGUUUGAACAAUUGUGCCAGGAAAGUGCAAAACAAGCCCUCACUAAAGCAGAGAAAAUAAAGAUGUUAAAGCCUGUUUCAGGGAAGCUGCGGCCACAGUGGGAGAUGGGUGUUAAGCAAGCAAGUGAAGCAGUAGGCAUGACAGUGGAAGAACGGAAGGCCAAGUACACCUUCAUCUAUGUUAGGGACAGACCUCAUCUUAAUCCUCGAGUGGCGAAGGAAGUUGGCAUUCCUGUGGAACCGUUAGAGGAGAUAGACGAGUCAUCUUACUCAAACGAAGAAACCACUCAAAAUCUGAAAUCGAUGAAGGAGUCUGGCAUUCCUAACAAGAGGAGGAGAAGGACAUCAAAAUUGUCUGCUACUGAUGAUACGCAAGAAAGCAGUCAGUCGGGGACUAAGAAUACUACUCCUCAAAAGUCAUCUGAACAGGCAGAAUCCAAAAGAGGGAUAGGCUCCCCUCUCAAUAGAAAGAAAACUCCAGCAUCUACUCCGCGAAGCAGAAAGGGCGAUGGAGUAUCUCAGUUUUUGGUCUUUUGUCAGAAGCACAGAGAUGAGGUGGUUGCUGAACAUCCAGAUGCUUCAAGUGAGGAGAUUGAAGAAUUGCUCGAAUCGCAGUGGAACAUGCUUAGUGAAAAACAGAAAGCUCGCUAUAACACAAAGUUUGCCAUAGUGACCUCUCCCAAAUCUGAAGAAGACUCUGGUUCAUCAUUGAAGAAUAUUGGAGAGGCCAAACGUAAAGUGUUUCAAGACUCACCUAAAAGGAGAUCAAGAUCCAGAAGUAACUUACAUGGAAAUAAAAGAAACCAAAAAAAGAGGACAAAGGAACCUACAGAAGAUUUUGAAGUUCAGGAGGCACCUAGGAAAAGACUCAGGAUGGAUAAACAGAAUAAUCGGAAGAGGGAGACAAGCAAUGACAAAACAGCAAAAACAAACUCUUCUAAGGUCACAGAAACCUCCUCUUCACAAAAGAACCAGUCAGCAACGAAAAAUCUGUCUGAUGCAUGUAAACCUCUGAAGAAGCGAAAUCGGGCUUCAGCAGCAGAAUCUUCAACUCUUGCUUUUAGCAAGAGUUCAUCUCCUUCAGCUUCCUUAACUGAGAAUGAGAUCUCUGAUGGCCAAGGAGAUGAGCGGUCGGAGUCUCCCUAUGAAAGUGCUGAUGAAACUCAGACUGAAGUGUCUAUAUCAUCCAAAAAAUCUGAGCGAGGAGCAGGAACAAAAAAAGAAUAUGUGUGUCAGCUGUGUGAAAAAACAGGUGAUCUCCUACUGUGUGAAGGACUUUGCUAUCGAGCUUUUCAUGUAAGCUGCCUUGGGCUCUCUGGAAGACCAACAGGAAAAUUCAUUUGUAGUGAAUGUACAUCAGGUGUGCAUACCUGUUUUGUGUGUAAAGAGAGAAAGGCAGAUGUGAAACGCUGUGUCGUAUCCCACUGCGGAAAAUUCUACCAUGAAGCUUGCGUGAAAAAGUUUCACCUUACUGUGUUUGAGAACAGGGGGUUUCGGUGUCCUCUGCACAGCUGCCUGAGUUGUCAUGUUAGUAACCCCUCACAUCCACGAAUUUCAAAAGGAAAGAUGAUGCGUUGUGUUCGCUGUCCUGUUGCAUACCAUGCUGGAGACGUUUGCAUUGCUGCGGGAUGUGCAGUCAUCGCUUCCAACAGCAUUGUUUGUACGAACCAUUUCACUGCCAUGAAGGGAAAAAGUCAUCACGCGCAUGUCAAUGUCAGCUGGUGCUUUGUGUGUUCAAAAGGAGGAAGCUUGUUGUGCUGCGAGUCGUGUCCUGCGGCGUUUCACCCGGACUGUCUGAACAUCGAAAUGCCAGAUGGGAGCUGGUACUGCAACGACUGCCGGGCGGGGAAGAAACUCCAUUUCCAGGAUAUUAUUUGGGUUAAACUGGGAAACUACAGAUGGUGGCCUGCAGAAGUUUGCCAUCCGAAAAAUGUUCCCCCAAAUAUCCAGAAAAUGAAGCAUGAAAUCGGAGAAUUUCCUGUGUUUUUCUUUGGUUCUAAGGAUUACUAUUGGACGCACCAAGCGCGGGUGUUCCCUUAUAUGGAGGGAGACAGAGGGAGUAGAUACCAGGGGAUCAAAGGAAUUGGAAAAGUCUUCAAAAAUGCUUUGCAAGAAGCUGAAGCUCGAUUUCGAGAAAUAAAGCUGCAGCGAGAAGCCAAAGAAACCCAAGAAAGUGAACGUAAACCUCCACCAUACAAGCACAUUAAGGUGAAUAAACCUUGUGGUAAAGUGCAGAUAUAUACUGCUGACAUUUCUGAGAUUCCCAAGUGCAACUGCAAACCCACAGAUGAAAACCCUUGUGGCUUUGAUUCCGAGUGCCUCAAUCGGAUGCUGAUGUACGAAUGCCACCCACAAGUUUGUCCAGCGGGAGAACGGUGCCAAAACCAGUGCUUUACAAAACGUCAAUACCCUGAGACAAAGAUCAUCAAAACCGAUGGGAAAGGGUGGGGUCUGGUCGCUAAGCGGGAUAUUAAAAAGGGAGAGUUUGUGAAUGAGUAUGUCGGUGAGCUGAUUGAUGAAGAGGAAUGUAUGGCAAGAAUCAAAUACGCACACGAAAAUGACAUUACCCACUUCUAUAUGCUUACUAUUGAUAAGGAUCGUAUUAUUGAUGCUGGCCCCAAAGGAAACUAUUCUCGUUUUAUGAAUCACAGCUGCCAACCAAAUUGUGAAACUCUAAAAUGGACAGUAAAUGGAGACACUCGUGUCGGCCUGUUUGCUGUGUGCGAUAUUCCUGCAGGGACAGAGCUGACUUUUAAUUACAACCUUGACUGUCUGGGCAAUGAAAAAACAGUCUGCAAAUGUGGUGCCCCAAACUGCAGCGGAUUUCUUGGGGACAGACCAAAGAAUUCUUCCACUAAUGCCUCAGAAGAAAAAGGCAAAAAGACCAAAAAGAGAACACGGAGACGCAGAACGAAAAAUGAAGGGAAGAAAGAAUCUGAAGACGAUUGUUUCCGUUGUGGUGACGGAGGCCAGCUGGUAUUGUGCGACAGGAAAUCUUGUACUAAAGCUUACCAUCUCUCCUGCCUUGGUUUGGUGAAACGUCCUUUUGGGAAGUGGGAGUGUCCUUGGCACCACUGUGAUGUUUGUGGCAAACCUUCUGUUUCUUUCUGCCACUUCUGCCCAAAUUCUUUCUGCAAGGAACACCAAGACGGGACAGUACUAAAUUCCAUGCUGAAUGGACAGUUAUGCUGCUCUGAACACGUUCUCGGGGUGGAUUCUCUUGAAACUCAGAAGACUGAGAAACCCCGCAAAAAACUGAACAAGUUGAAGCCUAAGAGAAAGCAGAGGAACAGAUGGAUGAGAGCUGAAUGCAAAUAGUCAUGGACUGCAGUUUCUACUGCCAACACUAUCUUGUAGAUAAGUUGUGAAUAUGACCAGGGAAGGACACAAUUUUACAUAUAUUCUGUAAAGGUUACAUUGGGGGCCGGGGCGGGGGAGGGGGGGAUUUUUUUAUUUUGUUUUGUUUUGUUUUUAUAAAUCCACUGAGCCAACCACAGCAGUCUUCUGCUGCCUCUGCACUGAUAACGAACUGCAUAGUUCAGAAAAUUUCAGGACAAACCAAACCUAUUACUCAGCAUUACAGUUACACUUGAAUCGUUACGAAUGUAAAAGGUUCCCUCCAAAAUACUUUCGGGUUGGAGGUAGGUUGAAAUCAAACCAGGUAGACGUAAACAUAGGUUUUUGAGAUAGUAUUUGUCAACCAACAGGUGUUAAAAAUAGUAUAUCCUUGAAAGAAGUUUUUAGCUCUCAAGUCCUUGUAAGUAAGAAAUGGCUUGGUCUGUGGUCCCGAUGAGAUUUGCUUGCCUUGGGUGUUUUUGAGCAAGUGCUUGACUGCCAUUCACGAUCCAGGUGCGUAUUUCUCUAUAACCACACCCAUAACAAUUUGUUUGUGCUCUUCUAAGGUAGCUCGCCAAUGGUUUUUAAACAAACAUGUUUUUAAAUAUCCUUCCACCAAGAUUUUUUUCUAUACUGUUUUUUCCUGUAUUUCAUUCCAGCGAAAUAGGAGUGACUUGAUCUUACAGAGCUGUACAAGUCUGGAUUUAAAGGGAUAUUGUCUUGCCAUCUAGGCCCAAUACUCUAGGAUUUUUGUGUCUUAAUAAAAAUAAAUCUUGCAAAACCUAUCAUUUGAAAAAAUUACUUGAUUUUUUUCUUAAUGUCAAGUAAAACACAGAGGCAAACAUUUCUUUGGAAUGCGUGGAGUCCAAGCAUUACAACUUUUUGAUAACGCAGAAAACGCCCAACAAGGAACAAAAUUCCCCCAUGAAUGAAACAGAAGGUGAAACUUGACCAAAGUGCAAAAACUAAAAUUCAAAACGACUAAUUCAAAACAACUAAAAGUGAAACAGGUUUUUGAAGAAGCACGUAAGGAACAAUUUUAAAGUGAAAUUUAGCCUGACUGUUCCUUUUGAUGAAGUUUAUGUAAAACUGGCUCCUUGACUUGGCAGACUGUUUGGAAUCAUUUAUUUUUUUAGGAGCUCUGCUCUCGACUAUCUUAUUGCCACUGUGUUGUGUCAGCAAAGCUGUUCUGCGUUCUUUGCUCCCGUUAGGUUCCCACGCUUGCGGUGAGGCAAAUAUACAAGAUUUAGUAUUGAUGGAAAUAAUACUAGACCUAGGAAAAAACGGUAAAGAAAAACAUCUUUACCUGUUUUCUUCCCAGUGCAUGUCAUUGGUGUGUGAUUAGGCAGUGUUACAAGUAAGUUUCGACUUGUGCCAUUGUUAUCUAGCCACAGUGUGCGCCUUCAUGUCCAUUUAGUAAUUUGUGUAUCUUCUAGCUUAGUUUGCCUUUAAUAGUGCAGAAACUCUGUGUAGCCCCUUUGGAAAUGAAGCCUUGCUAUGUCAUGAGAGAGUAUGUUUUUUUCCAAAGUAUUUCUUCAGGAUUUGAUUGCAGAUUUAGUUUUUGGAAUUAUCGAAAUCCCCGUUUGUUCCCAACACGUAAAAACUUCUGUUUUCUUAGUAGAUAUUAAUUGAAUGAGGUUUUAAAUGUAGCGUUGCCCUACCCUGAACCCUUUGGGUUUCUAUUUUGUGACCAAACUGCUAUGUUCUUUUAAUAAGUUUUUAUAAACACUGUUGGAAGGUUUAUUUUUUUCAAAUAAUAUUGAAAAAAUAGCACAGUUCAAAAUAGAGGGAAGUGUUACGUGUGUGCAUUUUUUUUUAAGUGGUAUGCCAAGCCUUGCACUCAAGGGAAAAAAUGAAGAUUUCUUAAUUGAUUUUGAGGGAAACUUUCCCUCUGCUAUAGAUUAUGUGUUAUACCAGGACUGAAGCAUAGGCCUGUGCCUAAAAUCAAAACCAAAAACUGGUAUUAUGCAUGUUUCUCUAAUAUUGGUUUUUGAGAGGAGGAAAGAGAGAUCAGGUGGUAAAGGAGAAAGACUUUCCUCAUCGCUUUUAAACAAUGAAGGAAUUUGAUGUUAUUGGGACCAUUCUUUGAAUACUAUACCAUGUAAGGAAGGCUUUAUGAGAAUACUUUUAAAUAAGUUAUUAUAAAAUUUUACCUUUACAUUCCAUUGCUUUUUCAAUUUGUUAAUUUGUUAGUCGUUUCCUUGCUUUUUCCUCUCCGCAUAUAGGUGCAACAGCUCUGGCACCCUGGAACAGUUGUGCCCCGGGUCCUAAGAGGCAGAUGCCCAAUUCCAGAAGGCACCAUCUCAAAUAGUUACUGAUUGGCACUGCUGCAGGAACACCAUCAGUUUUAAGAUCAGUGGCAGAGCCUACAACUCCUUGCCCGCCUCUCAGGUGGGCUCACAGGCACAUUUAGGAUGGCGGGAUGCAGGACAGCCACCCAUUCCGUAUCUGUCGGUGGGUAAAGGCAGGCUUUGGUGUUCAAAGCAAUCGCUCUCAGCACUCUUUUCCUAACGUUAAAUUCACACAUACAGAUCUCAGCGAGCGGCUGUUUUGACUUUCUGCUUCCUUCUACCUCUUCUCUGCUCUUUACUACACAACCCUUCGGGCCAACGAAGGUUUCCAUCGCCGAGGCUGCGAACUAAGGGUUUGCUUUUGAGUGGCUGGGAAUUCUUUCCUCCUGCCGAUCACGGACUUCGGAGAUGGCUCUCUAAGAGUAACGUGGACCAUGUUCUUCGUUAAUAUCUACUGACUGUGUAACCCCAUGAGCUCAGCUAAGUCACUCAGGUGGUGAUCUGGUAGAAUUUUAGUUUCUGAUUCAGGAAAGGUGGAUUUUAGGUGUCUUUCAAUGAAGGCUUCUGUAUAUUACUCUGCAGCACUGGGAAAAUAGACUUAAGUUUCCUUAAAAAAAGAGGGCAAAAUAAAAAAAGAUGUUUCACUAUUUUCCUUCUCCCACUGUUCAGAUACAAAGGAAAACAAUCUUGAAAAACUGAGCUUUCUCAUGGUGCAACUCAAUACUUUUUAGCAUUCAGCAACUUAAAAGAUUUUCUGUUAUAAAUUCACCUCAGUAACAUCCAAGUAUGGAAUAUUACGUGGCGUUAAAUUAUGUACUUAAUGUCCUGCCCAUCAAAGUAGAAAGAUGUCUUUCCUUUUCCAGCAAACUCUUCAAAGCUGGUACAUGAUAGCCAAAUUCAGAAUUUGUUGUUCUUUUGUCACAUGAGCAAGCAUGGAAACAAUUUUCAGUUGAAUAUGUUAGAUGUAUUUUUAUACAAUCUAGGAAGAAUUAUCAAAUUAAAUGUCUGUUUUGUUCAAUAGCUUUGUGUUCAUGGUCAGUUUUUAGGGUUUUUUUUAUUUUAAUUACUUGGAAAAGCAAAAUAUCGUGAAAGACAUAUUAAUGGGAUUUUUCCACACUGUUGAGUCACA